UUCUUAGUUAUAAAAAAGGUUACUAGAACUUAUAGACUAAUUAAUACUACUAUAAAAAUAAAUUUAGUAAUUUUACGAAAUACUAACUUAUUCUUAUUUACUAAUAAGAUCUUAAAGAAAUUUACUAGAUAUAUUUAUAUUUCUCUAAUUAAUUUCUUUUCCGGAUAUAAUUAA